AUGAAUGCCCAUGACAAAGGUGAGAGACCCCUGACAACAAUCACUCCUGAAUACCGGCAAACCCCGAAAGCCAAUGCCCGGGCCGACUCCAUCCACACACAUACACACACACACCUUGCAACGAACCACAGACUUUGUCUUGGCCUGGACCCGCCGACGGGAAAGGACCGCGCGCGGGAAAGAACCGUCCACCGGACCGAGUCCUACGAUGUAUCGACCGAGUGGGCUGAACACUACAGAAAAUUUCCCGAGGGUCCGCCGCGCACGAUCACGAAAUGCAUACCCUGCGAUCGCCGCGCCCCGGGUCCCCCCACCGCGAUUGGCUCAAAUUCCCGAUCAAUAGAAGGUUUGCAGGCUGCACGCCAUGCUUUGCUCACGACCCUGAUCCCAGUCGCACUGCAUGGCGUGAUCGGGUAA